AUGAUGAACCUCGCCACUGAGGCCCGCAGCUCCUCCGAGCACCCGCCGCCGUCGGCCGCGACGCCCCGGCCGCCGAACGCGGCCGCGGCCCCGCGGUCCGCCAUAGCCGCCGUGCUGACCUGCGAGGACACCGGCGCCGGCGUGGGCAGCAGCGCCGCCCAGGGGUGGGCGAUGGACGAGCGGGACGAAGCCAAGGCCGUGUUCCUGACCCACAUGCGGCGGCGGCCGACGCCGAGAGGCGCGCUCGGCGGGCGGCGGCGGGGCCUGGGACUUCCUGGUGCUGCUGAGCUCGCCGGCCUCGGCGGCCCCGCCGCGCGAGGCGCUGGAGGUCCUGAACGCCCUGCAGGA